ACAGGCUCAGGUUCCAUCAACUAGCUGACGAACACCAUCGGCGCGGUUUCGAACCGGCCAGCAGUCUGAGUGUAAACGCCGGUCCCCGUUCCCUGUUUCCGGGGUGCUCUCCAUCCAUUCCGAUUACCAAUGUUGCCGGAGGGCCAAGGACCGGGCCAAGAAGCCAACCGCGUCAAGAACUGGGGUUGGGAUCGCGUCAGAAUCAUCGGUUGGGUUUGGAAGGUGGCGGUGACAACGGUAGCCGGCAGCGAAAAAAAAGCCCGCUCGUGCUCGCUCGGUUGUUUGCAGAGCUCCGAAAGUAUGAUGGGAUGCACCAAACCAGGCCGGGUGUCAUCACAGCAGUCACUUCUACGGGAGCUACCGCCCCACCAGCACCUCGCUACUGCACGGCAAGGGCAGCACAUCAACGCGCUCUUCAGCGAAAAUCCUGUUUCAAGGGCCCUGUACAUGGGGAACACGACGAAACCGCAUGAAUCGGUCACCGCGACAACGGACAAGUUGCUAGAUAGCAUACUGGCAUCCUGGCGGAACACGCAUUCUCCUCUUCCCGCCGGCAAUGCCCAAGAUCCGCAGCAGCGGGAUCCAUCAAACCACCCAAAGGUGGCCCGGGCAAGAAGAGCCCUUCCACCGUCGCUCCCUGCCGCGAUGCCAGCGGGGUCCUACCAGCGGUUGCAACCUGGGACAAAAACACCUCUGCCAUCGCAAGUAGUUCCGAAUCCCCUCCGAGAGCAAGCGCACGGAAAUCCAAUCAUGAACGCAGUGCGGAGCCCGCAGGAUGCACCACCCUACGAGGGAACACCACGGCGUAGUGACGCACCGGUGCACGGCGGCUUUUUCUCUCUGCGACCCAUUGGUGAGGUUCUAGGAGGUGUCGAGCCUUUUUCUCAGCAGCUUCCUCGUGGGUCAAACCUUGUCGCUCAGGAGGAAGGCGGUGGGGGCAUAGUCGGUGGGGUGAGCACGGCGGCAAAAUCAGGGGCAGCUCAUUCGAAGCAUGUCGCGGUUCGAGCAGCAGUGAAAGCAGUCGAGCAUGAAAACUCAGCUGUGAGUAAGAGAAAGCUUGGCGAAGUUAUGUGGGGCUUUGGUGCAACACCCAACCGCACGAAAGGUCGAACAUCGCCUCCACCUGCCCCCAUGGCGGUAGGAAGCACAAGUGACUCUACGGGAAGGAUGACCACGUCGGAUGGAUGCUCUGCCUUGGUCAGCCAUGGUUAUUGUUUGGGACCGGGAGAGUCGUUGACUGUGGGUGAUGGCAGUGAAGGCAAUGCAGGCGCUGUUGGCAAUACCGCACCGGUGGAAGCUUUGGGGUCGCUCUUCGUGGCCGCUGGGCAUCCCCACCAGCAAGCGGCGAAAAAGACUGGAGGCGAAAUGCCCACUCAAUCUAGUCACCGUGCCCAAGGUGGCGGUGACAAUCCCCGGGCGGUUGCAGUCGCCACCACUGCCGCCAGCAGUCUCCCCAGCACGAGCCAACAACCCCAAGUUUCAGAGGAGUCUUGCACUGUUAUGGUUUCCGAUACUCCCGAGUUCGUGAAAGAUUCGCACCAAUCUGGGGAGAUUCGGUCUGUUGGGUUGGAUUCGCGGGACACGACAACGAGAAAACGGGUGGUGGGCAACUCCACCGGUGCACAUCUCUCCGAGCCGAAGCACGUAUCCAAUGGGGCGCUUGUCUCAGAGCCGAACCACGGGCAUUCUCCGCGCGGUGCCGUCUCGGAGUGUGACCAGGGAUCCGCAGGUUCUGCCAGAUCCCUAGCUCGGCAUGCAGUCAGAUCGCCGUCGGUGCAGCAAGGUGGUACUACCACCGCACGCCCUGACCGGGAUGCGAACGGUUCUCGGCGCCUGGUGUCGUCCACGGAGCGGGACAAUCGUUCGCAUCGUGCGACGUCAGUGGGCCCGGCCGACUUGGUGUCGACGGGGACGGCAAUUUCUUCGAUGUCGACGAUGGUCAGGCAGGAGGGAUUGCCGAGCGGUAGAGGGCCCGAGCAAGAGCGAGAAGAAGACGCCGCGAUGGCAGGCUGUGAAUCGACUCGGCAGCGCGAGAUCCUUGCCUUGAUCCGGGCCGGUUCUGUAGGAGAAACCUUCCUCCUUUCGAGGAGGCGACACUCUACCUCAGGUGCCGCGGGGAAGAAACGGCAGCUGGCUUCGACGGCCACCGGAACAAUGACACCACGGCGGCAUUCCGAGCCCAGCGGCGGCGGUGCUAUCAACAGCUUUUCCGCGUCAACAUCUAGGGGCGGCGUGUCUCUCCGAUCCACAACAUCCAGUGCGGUCGGGAAGCAAUUCGACAGACCACUCUACGCGGUCGUGUCGGAGGACUUCGUGAGUGGCGCGGGCAGCAUGGUUCGUACCCUAUCGGCACCACAAGCGACGCCUAGUGCUAUCAGUACUUCGCGAGUGGCGCAGGAACCCAUCGCGUUUCACAGCAAAAGACCGGAGGUGGCAACUACUGCAGCCGCCACUGCUGCGAGGGCUUCGACUGCGGUUUCCCGGCGUGGCGGACGGUUUCACCUGCUGGAGCUCCCGGUGGAGGGUCCCGUAAAUAUGGUCAUUGGAAACAGGAGCGCCAUCGUCAUCCUCGACAAUCGCAGAAGAGGGACAGGCGCAGCGACCGCCUCAGAAGGAGUCGCAGCUGCUAGAAAGGCGUCCCGGGGCGAUAGAUGGGGGGGCGAGGGCGAUGCGAUAGUUUGCCCCGGGGGUGACAGCGGCGGAGGAUCGUCUGACGGGGCGGACGGUGAGGCGGCGGCAGCAGCAGCUGAGGAAGCAUCAGUAGCAGCAGAGGAAGAAGCCGAGGUGGCUGAGGCAAAGGAAAAACUCCGCCUCCUCCAGCUGCAAUCGCUCAAGUACUCCACGCUCUGGCUCAUCGUGCAGAUGGAAAAGGUCCGUGUCGGGGCACCAACGGAUGGAAGGGACGGCGGAAGAGGCACCCGACUUCGCCCCGCGCUGGAAAAGCUUGAGCAGUGGCUGGUGGGAUUCCCCUGCCGCGUUCUCAUCAGGCAUGUAUAGCUACAGCGAAGCACAGCUGGCGGAGCUCAUCACACACGCUGCCACCAUCGAGCAGCAGCAGGAGCAGCAGCCACGGCAGAAUACCAAUAGCGUCUGUGCUACCAGUGAUACCAUCUCCGGGGUGGGAGACAGUUCCGCACAGGGACCUGGAGGAAAGCGGCAGCGACUGGACGCAGGAAUUUCACCAGGGACCGAGGCCCCUUCUGAAAGGAGCGUCUCCAGGAAUGCGGUUGCUGAUGCUGGGGUGAGGUCGCCGCUUGAGGCCGUCGACGAACGCUCCAGGGCUGACUCUGAUUGGGCGGGGAUGCAUCACCGUCAAGCAUGGUUUCUCCAGCUUUUUCCGGCGUUGAACGCGUUCUCAGCAUCAGCGCUGCUUUCGUGCGCAUCCCUGAAACACCUCAUCGUCGCGCCCUACGACGAACUGGCCCCUGGUUUGCUGGGGAGGAGCGGCGGUGGCGACUACGCCCCGGGAACCGACGGCAGAAGCUCGAGCGGUGUAGGAGCCGCAAGGGGGGGAGUGAAGGCCGAGUGUCUCCUGGAUUUCUGUUCGGCCGUUCGCCUCGAGGGGAAGUAGGGAAACGGUUAGGUAGGUGCCGCGGGGGUGAGAUGGUCGUUCUUCCGCGAACUUUGUGGAAACAGGGCGCGGUGGACGGGUGUGGAGGUUGUGGGAGCCAUAAAGUGAGUUGGGAUGGUUCCUGCUGUGCAUAUCGUGCGCAUCACGUUUCGUGUCCGGGAACUCCGUGCAGCAGUCAGUGGUGGGGAGGGGGGGUAGAAAUCCUGUGGCAUCUGCUUUGGUAAUAGGAGAGAAACAAUUCGUUUGCACAAAGGAUGCCACAACGGAGUUGAUGGGAGUGGAUGAUGUUUCGGCACUGACCUGCGGUUGAGGCAAUAAUGGGGAGGAAACAACGGAGCACUGUGGGCGCUGAUUGAGGUUGGAACCCCUGCUAUGAUGUACCGUAUGGGAAACGUGCCUGCGGCGGGGUACUUGGGAAUUUUUUUCGUGUGUGAGAGAUUCGGUGAACAUCAUCAAUGAUGCGUCGAACAUGCUCGAAACCGGGUGCUGGCGACGGUUUGCUUUCAGAAAGGACCCGGGACACGUAGACGGUGUUGAUACUCAGGCGUUGUAGGUGUGAGGUGUGUUUUUUCCAUUUGAAUGGCUGAGUGGGGGUUAUAGCGGGAACCAACAUAUUCCAUGUUAUGGAAACGUGGUUCAACUCUUCGUCUCCAGUGUGCGUAAGGUAGAGGACUACUCAUCAACUGUUCGCAGUUGUUACGGUGAGAAAGGGAUGAAAACCACGUCAAUGUUCUA